CAUGACUUAGAAUUGUGUCUGACAUCUUACCAUUCGUGUUUGAUAUAUACAUGUGAAAGAUUAAACAUAAGGUUAAAGAAUAAAUAAUAAAGAUUUUGUGCAAUAUUGAAAAUACGAAUUAUUACUAGUAGCUAGAACUACUUCUUUUUCAGAAGAAAAUGAGCAUGUAAAUUCUUUUAUCGUACGAUAUGUUACUCAAAUAUAUCGAUAUGUACGAGAAAACUAUGCAUCAGAUAUAAAUAAAGAACUAAUUUGUUAUGCUUGAAUGACGAAGUCACGCAUUUUGCGUUUUGGAAUACUCAUCUGAGUAAGAAAAAGAAGACUACGAGAAUGUCGAGUGCGAUAAAGAGAUCAGGAAAGAUUUAUUUUAAUGUAAUUUUGCUUCUGACCGAAUAAUUCAGUGUUUCGAUGCGAAGUAGAAAUGGCGGAUGUUAUAUUUAUCACGCAUUUCGUACUCUUGUUGACAUUCAAAUUAUGUUCAGGCGAAGGAGCGAUGGCAUUAGAAGAGCAAGAUAUUUCUCUUGAUAAUGAAAAAUUAAAUCUACCUGAAACAUUGGAACACAGUCUUGCUAGUAAUACAGUUGGCCAUAAACGUUUCAAGUGCCAUAUAUGUGAAGAUUCGGAGUGUUCAUUAUCUAGCAUCUGUGAAGAUGCAAUCACUUGUUGGAAGUCCAGGGUGAAAGAAGCUGAUGGUACUGAAUCUGUUAGUCGUGGCUGUUACAAAUUAGAGGAACAUAAGUUGUUUAUGUGUAAUAAAGAAGACAACCAAGAUGCAGAACAUAAGGAAAGGCAUAUUAGAGGAUUAACAAAUGGUGUUCAAUAUUCUGUGGAAUGCUGUCAAGCAGAUUUUUGUAAUGUUGGCCCAUAUCCUGUAUUGCAAGAUUAUUCAACUAAUGCUGAUAAAGGAAAUUAUGUAGUGAAAUUAACUUUUGCAAUUCUUGGGCCAAUGAUCGCAUUGCUUGUUGCUGGAGGGAUUCUAUUCUGUUUAUUAGCGCAUCGAACGCGAAGAAAACGGCCGAUGGCGUCCCGUCGGAAUAAACUUAUUAUAGAUCCCGAUAUUGAACCUUCUAUGUUACAUUUCUCUUUUUCCUCACCUACAUCGUCUGCUACUUAUCAUCCACAUGAGCUUAGAGCAACAGCUGCUGGUGAUAGUACACUUAAGGAAUAUCUAGAUGGUCGAAGUUUGACAAGUGGUUCUGGUUCUGGGUUGCCCUUGUUAGUACAAAGAACUUUAGCUAAACAAGUAGCUUUAGUAGAGUGUCUCGGUAACGGUAGCAGUGGAGGAUUCGGCGGAGAAGUGUGGAGAGGAAUUUGGCAUGGCGAAAAUGUAGCUGUAAAAAUUUAUUUUUCGCGAGACGAAGCGGCGUGGGCUCGGGAGACCGAAGUUUAUUCCAAGUUGUUACCAUCUAGGCAUGACAAUAUUCUGGGAUAUGUCGGCAGCGAUAUGACUAGUAGAGCCAGCUGCACUCAACUUUGGUUGGUGACGCAAUACCAUCCUCUCGGUUCGCUCUUCGAUCACCUCAAUCGGUCGCCACAUCCGUUGACGCAUCAUCAAACGCUCAAUAUUUGUCUGAGUAUCGCUAAUGGUUUGCUUUAUUUGCACACGGAGAUUCACGGCACUAGAGGCAAACCAGCUAUGGCCCAUCGUAAUCUUAAAUCGAAGAAUAUCUUGGUCAAGACUAACGGUGGUUGUGUAAUCGCCGAUUUCGCAUUAUCUGCUACGCAGGAUCGUCUUAUGGUAGACAGAGUUGAUCUACGGCAAGGAACUAAACGUUAUAUGAGUCCCGAAAUUCUCGAUCAAACAAUAAACAUCGAAUGUUUAGAGAGCUUCAGACGAGCCGAUAUCUAUAGUUUAGGAUUGGUAAUGUGGGAAGUCUGUCGCAGAUGUAUAAGCAAUGGCGUAGCCUUGGAAUACGCGAUGCCGUAUUAUGAAUGGCUGCCUAGCAAUAAUCAAGAACCCUCCAUAGAAGAAAUGCGCAAAUUAGUCUCGUUCGACCAGCGAAGGCCGCCGCUUCCUAAUAGAUGGCAUUCCGACCCGACAUUAGCCGGGAUGGGAAAGUUAAUGCGAGAGUGUUGGCAUGGAAAACCAGCGGCUAGAUUACCCAUUCUUAGGGUAAAGAAGACACUCGUUAAGUUAGCAGCUAAUGAUUCUCGUGUUCAUUUACCGCUCGAUUGACCAGCAUUCAUCUUACCGAGCUCUCUUUCAUCCAUAUAUUUAUUACUGUUGCUGCAACAACGUCACGCGCAUUGUAAGUUCGAUCAUUAUCAUUACCAUCAGCAACAAUCGUGCGUUAUCGAAUGCAUUAUAUCAAGAUUAAAAAAUAUCGCAUAUCGACAUAUCGAAAUAACAAUGUUAAUACGUUUGUUAAUGUUUGGCAUAUGAAUUUCGUUGCCUUACGUUCUUUAUUACUGUUACCAUUCUGGAACAAUGAUAGUAUUAAGCUUAAGUAUAAUAUAGUUUUGUAGUGUCAAUUAAACCAAAUUACUAAGUAGAAAUAUUGUUAAUUCCACAAGACGGUUCAAAAUUAUCUAUUAAAAAAAAAACAGAUAUUAUAUAUGUAAGAAUGUACAAUGAAUUUUUUUCAUAAUUUACACAAAUGAGACAGGAAUGUGAUUCUCAAUUAUGUUCAAAAAUUGAAUAUACUCUACAUGUAUAUAAUAAUCAUUAUUUUAAUUCAUAUUGAGAAAACAGAUUUAUUACUAUUUUUAUUAAUACUAUUAUUGCUAUCAAUAUAUCAUUUUUUAUAUGAUUUCUAAGCGAUUAUGAAUCAGUUCGAUUCAAAUUGUCAUACAAAAACAGUAAUCUCUUAAUUGAAUAAUUGUAAUAUAAUAUUGUUAGUAAAUUUCUUUUCAGGAUCUUUUCAGUAUCGCGCGCAAUAGUUCGAAUAAGUGAUUAAAAAAUAUUUGUAAAUAGUGUGUAUCUCUGUAUCGAUAGCUAUCAUACAAUUAAUUAAUACAUAGCUAUUAUCAUAUGUCUUUCUCAUAAAAUCAUCAGCAAAGUAUAGACAGAAAUAAGAAUGAUGUGAAAGUAAGCAAACUAUUAUAUACAAAAGAUAUUAUACAUUUUUCUGUAUAAUAUUUCUAAUAAUUUCAUGAAAAAUGCUUUCUUAUAGACUAUAUUCCACUUGGCAAUUGCAAUAUUCAUGCGAUCAUUUCCUUAUUUUUUAUUGAAAAUUAAACAAGGAUAAAUGAUGUCCGCGAGUUUUGCGAUUGCCAAAUAGAAUGUAGUCUUGGCACUUAUAUAUAAAUAAUCAAUGCGUUAUUAAAGAUGAGGAUGGAUGUAUAAAUAGCAGAAUAUGUAGUAUAUAAUUGUAUGUAAUAAAAUUAUUGUACAAAGGUUUUUGUACGUAACACACA